AUGAGCACAAAUCCCCUAGUUAUCCCACCGCCAUCUGACAUUUCGCCCAUUUCGAGCCUCCUCACUACCAACGAUCCACCGGAGCCGCAUGAAGAAGCUAUCGCACACCAGAUCAUCGACUCUUCGAAGACGCGCAUCUUGAAGUGCGACGAACUCAUAAAAACUCUCAACACGCCAACUGGGCAACUCAACGAGGUGCUGGCGAGUCUCAAGUCUCGGCGCGCAGAGUAUGUAAGCUACGCACAGCUGCACAGAAACGUGGUUGGAAACAUCCGUCGUCUCCCAUCGGACAUCCUGUUGGAGAUCUUCUUCGACAUUGUUACAGAUCGUUGGCAGCAUGGUAUCUGGAGGGUCAUCGAAGAAAAAUACUUUCCUUAUGUCAUGCCCUCUCCAUUCUUCAAGCAGCCCCCAUCCUCGAAGAAUGUGAUUUCACCCUAUCUCAGCAUCCUCACCCCAAUCUUCCGCCGCCUUUCUCUCACAGAUCUUUGUCCAGGCUUCAUAUUGAUUCACCAGAACCAGAAGCUCUCUGUGGGAAUCUUUGUUUUGGAUCUCGGAAUCAUCUCCGACUUCAUCAAGCGCUCGUCUUGCAGACUUACCUUUCUCUGCCUCCCCAACGCCUAUGAUCCACCAAAUUAUCCCGCCAGCGCCGUUCAUCACCUCCUCUCCCUCGUACCUGACGUGGUUGACCUCUGUCUUCCCUUUUCUGCAGCCUUCCUCUGGACUACUCUUACAUCAAUGCCAUCACUUGUCCCCCAACUGCGCCAUCUUUAUCUCGCAGGUGAGAGUGGCGAUCCAACAGCUGCCGAACAAGCCAUUCGCGAGAUGACUGUAGCCGUAGCCAAAGGAGAUUUACCCACUCUCGAAACAAUGAUAUUGCGCUCUUGGGGCCUGCCGCUUUCCGAAAUGAUUUAUCCAUCGUCAAAUGAAACCAUAUAUGAAAAGUUGCUUGACCAAUGGCUCGACAAGCUCUGGAAGGUGCUCAUUUUUCUCCACCCUGCUUAUCAAAGCGAUGGUCAGAUUGUUGAUGUCGAUUAUCUCAACCACACACUGUCCCUAAUUGAAUCCCAACAGGAUAUUCCACCUCUAUACCUAUGUCAAGGGUAUGGUGAAGAAGCCAUCCCUAGGGUUAAGCAAAUAUUGGAGAGACUGCCGGAUGACCUCUUCACGCAUCUGGGGUGGAUGGAAAAUGAGGCCGGAGAAUUUUUCGUGUAUGGACAACGCCAGGGGUCCGUGCGUGUUGAGCUUGACGGUCCUCGGGAAGCCAAUCGAUUUGCCUCGUUUGCGUUUGCAGAGGAUGGACGGAUUGUGGUAUAA